AUGGGUGGCAAAAAGAAAGGAGCAGCUGCUCAACCACGUACCAAGGACAACAUGAAGCCGUCCAGCAGUCAAAAGGCAGCCCAAUUUCUUAUUCAACAAACCGGUGGUCUUGGUCUACCUUCUACACUGUUUCCCAUUGAUUUGGUUACAACUAUUCCGCUGUCUUCUGUAUCAACAGAACCGACAGAGUCCAUCGCGCCGACAAAAGUCCCCGGUCUAGUCCCAGUUCCACAAGAUCCCGAUGCGGCUGGAUUAGAACCGAGGCUUUUGAGCACCCUCAAACGUUUGGAAAAAAGGGAUGCAGUCACAAAGCAAAAAGCCCUGAAGGAAUUGGUCGAAUUACUGAAACUGAGCACAUCAGGCGAUGCAGCACCGUUGGAAACUUCCGCUAUUGUUGCUGUCCUGCCCUUCUGGCCCAGAAUCUAUUGCCGCCUUGCGUUUGACGAGAACCGCAAAGUUCGUGAACUUGUUCAGUCAGCAAUGUGUGGAGUUGCUGAUAGAGUACAUCGUGAAUUGGGUCCUUACAUUAAACAGAUUUUUCCUGUUUGGGCAUUCAGCACAGUGGAUGUCCACGAGCCCGCAGGGACGCUUGCCAAUCAAGGUAUAAAGACCACAUUUCCCGGUCCCAAGCGAUUAGAAGCCUACCGAGUGUGUGCACGACAGAUUCUCGAUUUGGUCGAGAACAAGAUAUCCGAGGAAUUCACCUCAUCUGCCCCGACUGUAGAAGAUACGACCUCCAAAAGUAAGGGGCAAAAGGAGAAGCGAACGACGGAAAUCAAAUCGCCAGAACCUCCAGUGAAUUCUGACCUCGAAAAUCAUUUGAUUCUCCAAAGAGCAGCGUGUCUCCGAUUUAUUACUUCACUAGUGGAUGAUUUUUCCUACCUCCCAGAUGACAGUUCGCAUUUGUUACGACUUCGAAAAUUAUUGGCCCCGACGGAUUUGUGGACUGUUGUCUCUCGUCAUAUUUAUAAGCAUAUUGCACGACAUACCUCUGCAGAUGGUCGCUGUCUUGUGGGUUACAGUCCAGCUGUGCAUUCGGCUCUUUAUCGCCUUGCCACGGUCCUCUGUACUCAGUCAUCCUGGGCUAGAUGGAUGGGGCAAACCGAAGAUGGUCGA